AUGAAGGGCUCUCUCGCUCUCACUAGCCUAAUGGGUGCUACUGCCCUUGGCCAGACAUUGACUACUUCUAUGAUCGAGUCUAUGGGCAACAACACGCUCUUCACCAGAUGGCGCCCCCAGAACCAUUUCAUUGCGCCUGCAGGUUGGAUGAAUGAUCCCUGUGGUUUGAUGUAUGAUCCCACCGAGGACCUUUACCACGCCUUCUACCAAUGGCACCCCGAGCACAUCAACUGGGGUAACAUCUCAUGGGGACAUGCCACCUCGAGGGAUAUGAUCUCUUGGACAGAUGUCGGUGGCUGGGAGGGUAGAGAUGCUUUGGCAUUGAGCCCUGCUGGCAACGGCAGCUACGAUGGUCUCGGUAUCUUCUCCGGUACUGCCCAGCCCGUCAACUUGACUGGUGGUGUUGACGGCACUCUUCUUGUCUUCUACACGUCUGUGUCAAAGCUCCCAACAAGUUGGUCCAUUCCUUACCAGAACGGAACCGAGAGUCAAAGUUUGGCUAUGUCUACCGACGGCGGCAAGACAUGGCAGCAGUACGAGAACAACCCUGUUAUCGAGGGUCCGCCCGGUGACUGGAACAUUACUGGUUUCCGUGAUCCUUUCUUCGAGCCUCUGCCUGCUCUUGACGCCAUUCUUGGUCGUGAGCCUUCUUACUACGCCGUUUUCGGAAGUGGCAUCAAGGGUGUUGGUCCUCGCAUGCCCCUCUGGGCUGCACCUGCAUCAGACCUGACCAAGUGGACUUUCCUUGGCUCCCUCUUCGAGCCUGCCAGCAACACCUCUCUCGGCUCGGUGCUCGCCACUGGCUCGUACGGCUACAACUUCGAGGUCUCUGGAUUCUUCACUCUUCCUGAUGAGGAUGGAGACCUCCACUACUUCGUCAACAUGGGCUCCGAAGGCGGCAACGUGUCAUUUCAUGAGUCUGCUCACUGGGCUCUCUGGAACGAGGGUCAUGUCACUCGCCGUGCCAAUGGCUCCGCUCAGUUCACUCCCAUCUCCGGAGGUGCUGGUGAUUGGGGUCUCCUCUAUGCUCUGUCCAGCUUCAACGACACCAAGAACGACCGUCGCGUCCAGUACGGAUGGGCACCUGAAGACAUCACUGGUGGUGGCGGUCUCUUCUCCGCCAAGCAGCAAGGUUUCCAGGGUGCUCUCUCUCUUCCUCGUGAGCUUUUCGUUCACACCGUCAAGAACGUCGUCAACGUUGAUGGUGCUCUCGGCGAGAUGGGCAACUCUUACCUCACUCAAAAGCUCGAUGGCAGCUUCACAGCUCAGACUCUUGGUGUCAAGCCUCUCGAGGACGUCGUUGUCGGUCUCCGCAACGGCUCGACUCAGCACUCCUGGCCCGGUCGUACCUUCAACGGUAGCUACACUCUUGUCGCAAACGGCAGUGACCACAUGGAACUCAGUGCAGUUGUCUCCAGCGCCACUGGUCCCUGCGGUGUCAAGAUCGGCGUCAGCCCUGACGGUCGUGAAUACACCAACAUCUACUACGAGCCUUCCAACAGCACUAUUGUUGUUGACCGCAGCCACUCUUCCCUCCUUGAUGGUUUCGCCAACUCUUCUGUCAUUGGCUACUUCUACCCUUACACCAUCCAGGGCGAGUACGGCAAUGCCACUCAGGAGGCACUCACUUGGGACAUUUUCGUUGAUGGGUCGCUGGUUGAGAUCUACGUCAACGACCGUUUCGCCCUUACAACCAGAAUCUAUCCCAGCAUGGAGAGCAGCACUGGCGUUGGCAUCUACGUUCCCAGCGGCUCUUCUGCCACUUUUGACAGCAUCGACAUGUGGUCAACCCUCUACAACGUCUUCCCUGAGAGACCUUUGAACUCUUCGAGUGUUCUUGUUUGGGAUACCGUUGAGCAGACCAACAACAGGACUUGGUGGACUGGUAACUAA